GCUGUCAAACAUCUGACGUUUUGAAAAUAUGAAUCACCGUUGUAUUUUUAUCAGUGUGUAAUCUAUAAACAAAAAUGUUCUCGAGUUCGCCCAACUACAAUAAACUAAAAACAAACUUGCGUUUGUCAAUUUCGCGACUGAAACUGUUGGAGAAGAAAAAAACUGAACAAACUGAGAAGUCUAGACGUGAAAUCGCUGAUUUUCUGGCUAAUGGGAAACAUGAAAGGGCAAAAAUACGUGUUGAAUACAUCAUUCGGGAGGAUUACUUAGUGGAGGCGUUGGAAAUUGUUGAAAUGUACUGUGAUCUAUUAUUAGCCAGGUUUGGGAUGAUUACGAAUAUGAAAGAACUGGAUGAUGGUAUUGCGGAAGCCGUUUCAAGUUUAAUUUGGGUGGCCCCAAGGUUGCAGUCUGAUUGUCAGGAGUUGAAAAUAAUUGGUGACUUGUUGGCAUCAAAAUAUGGCCCCAAUUACGCAGAGUGCUGCAGGAAUGAAUCUGUUGACACCAUCAGUGCAAAACUUAAACAGAAACUGUCCAUUCAGUCCCCACCUAAAAUUCUGGUGGAGAAAUAUGUAAUAGAAAUUGCACAUGCAUUUAACAUCCCUUAUGAGCCUGACCCACAAGUAAUGUCCACAGACACAGGUAAAGAUGCACUGCUGAUUGAUCUUUCCCAAGACAAUAAAAAUAAUUUGGGAGGUGGAGGAAUGCCCCAGCCACCAGGAUUUUUUGGCUACCCUCAGCCCCCUGCCUUGCCCAACUUCCAAAUGCCUCCGGCGCCGUUUUCAUACCCUGCACAACCAGACACCUUAGACAUGGGAGCUUCAGCACCCCCUCCAGCAUUUUCAUACAACAUUCCACCUGGGGAUGAUUCCAAGGAGUCCAACAUGGAUAGUUUACCGAAAUAUAACAACCUUUAUCCCAAUUCCAAUUUGCAGGAGUUGGAUGAAGGUAAACCCUCUGAUGAUGACAAUUUAGAGAAUGAUAGACCAAAACCAAUGCCAAGGACUAAGAUGAAUGAUUUACCGGACUUACCGUCGGUUCCCUCAGAUUUACCACCAGCUAGAGCCCCAUCAGAUACUUCAAGCGACAUUGACUUCGAUGAUCUGACUAGGAGAUUUAACGAGCUCAAGAAAAAAUAUUAACCACAAACGUUUCACUAUUUUAUACACUAUGUAAUCAUGUAAUUCUUGUAGUGGCUGUCGUUAAUAAGACCCACUUGCCUAUUUUUUUUGGCGCUGAUCAAACUGAUUGAUUAUUGUUAAGUAAUAUCUGUUUUACUAACGCUAAAUAUUUUUAAUAUGUUGUUUAUGGUAGUAAGAAUAAAAAAUGUAUAUAAUAUACUUUUUAUCAAAUCAAAUAUAUAAUUAUAUAUGAAGAA